AUAUAUAGAAGUAACAAGUGCAUACAUAUUGUUUCUACGUUUCCAUCAUGGAAAGUGGACUAAAGUUGUCCUAAGUGGGUCCUCCAAUACCCAUACCAAUACCCUUAGUGAGUGGAGCAAAGUUGCAUUGUCAAGCAAAGCAAAGAAAAUAAAAAACCUUCUAUUACCCACCCACAAAAGAAAGAGUAACAUCAAUCAAAAUAAAAAAAAAGAGUGGCAUACAACUAACAAUUACAUCAUCAUAAUCUCCUAUUCAUUUUCAUGCUUCAUUUUUCCACCUACUUCAACCAUAAGCUCCUUAACCAUCACUCCAUUUUCAUCAUACAAACACAUCUUCAUAGAUUCAUCUUACAGAACAUCUUCAAAAUCUCAGAUAUCAUCAUAAAAUUCAAGUCUAGUUAUAAAUAUUUACAACCAUGUUUUCCUAAUAAGCUCUUUUAUCCAUUAGGUGAGACCAUAAAACCUCUCUUCAAAUUCUUCUUAACCCUUUACAUGCUUUCUCUCUUUUCAACUUUUCACUAAUUUGUUAAAAUAGCCUCAUUGCAUAAUCAUUGAUGAACUAAGCAUAUAUAUCAAUUAUUUUUACUUACUCUUGAGACUUUUCUGGCAAGUUUAGAAUGAAUUCAUUCAAUCAAAGUCAUCAAACUAACAGCUUCAGGUACAAUCCAAACACAAACAAAAUGAACCAUGAUGAUGAUGUUGAUGAUAAUGAUGGUGAUGUUGAGUUCUCAGGGUUUCUUGAUAUCUAUGUUCAUCAUGCUAAGAAUAUUCAUAACAUAUGCAUUUAUGAUAAUCAAGAUGUGUAUGCUAAAUUUUCUCUUACUUACAACCCUGACGAAACCCUUUCCACAAGAAUCAUCAAUGGAGGUGGAAAAAAUCCAAUUUUUAAUGAAAAUUUGAGGGUAAAAAUCAUCCAAAUAGAUGCUGUUUUAAAAUGUGAGAUUUGGAUGUUUAGCAGGUCAAGAAAUCAUAUGGAAGAUCAACUUUUAGGGUUUGCUUUGGUUCCAAUUUCACAAGUUUUUGGUAAAGGAAAAGUAACUGAAGAUUAUAGUCUUUCGUCGACUGAUCUUUUUCAUUCUCCGGCCGGAACCAUUCGAUUAACUCUUUCGUUCGACACAUCUUUUCCAAUCAAUUCAAAUUUGAAUCCAGUACCAAAAUCAGUAGCUACUAGUUCAUCCAUUUCUUCUGAAGUUGUUUUGCUUGAUCGAAAAAUCUCACAAGUUAUGUCAUUAGACACAAUUGAGUAUUCUAGAAUUGAAUUUCCUGAUAUCAAUGUGGUAAAUGAAAAUCAGAAAAUGGUUUUUGAGUACUUCAAUUUGGAAUCUUACAAUGGUUCUUCAUCUUCAAAGCCUAAUAAUUUAGUAGGAUCAUUACCAUUUCUUCAUCUUGGUUCUUCUCCUCAAGUUGAAGAUUAUGAAAUGACAUUAAAUUCACCAAUUGAGAGCAUUCAGAAUUCUAGGUUUCCUAGCUCUACUACUACAAGCUUAAGUGAUGAUAGAAACUCAAACUCAUGUGAUUCUUUUGAGAAAAAGAGUAAUUUGAAGAGUGACUCACCAAAUUCUUUCAAUGUGUUAGUCUCAGUUGAAGGUAAUCGAAACUCCGGUGCUUGUCCCGAUACUCCAACUUCGAAAAAAGAAAGUGAAACAAGAGAUGACAACAGGGAAAAGGAGAUCAAUAAUGGUGGGAAUAUUAUUGAAGGUGCAAAGUUUGGUCAAGUUUUUUCUGUUCCGAAUCAAAACAUCAAUAUGGAGGCCGAGCAAUCUUCGAUGCAGCAGCAAAUAGUUGACAUGUAUAUGAGAAGUAUGCAACAAUUCACCGAGUCUUUGGCGAAAAUGAAGCUACCGAUGGACCUUGAUCGCAAACCUGAUAAUGCAGAUCAAGGUGAUGUGAUUCAAAAUCACAACAACAACAAAAUAGAAACUGAUAAGAAGAAAAACGAUGGAUCGCGUGUGUUUUAUGGUAGUCGAGCAUUCUUCUAGUAAUAUAUAUUUUGGUGCAGCAGCCACAUGGCAAUAUUUUUGUUGUAACGUGAUAUCAAAGUUAAGUUUAUUGUGAUCUCAGGUACCAAUGUUCCCUUGGUGAUAUCUAUGACAGAUUUUAAUUAUUAAUUCUAUGUUAUGUUGUUUAACCUCUUCUUUUGUUAAUGGAAACAAUCUACUAUGGUAAUGUGACAUUGUAUCAAGAAUGAAGACCUUCAUGACUAUUUAAUAUUUAUAUGUUUUUAAUUUUAUGCAGUGAAA